GUCGAACGACUCGUUGUACAAUGUGGUCCAUUGGAUCAUUCUUUGGGAAUAGUUCUCGUUCGCGAACGACACAUUCUUACGACUGCUCAUUAAUGACCCGUUCCAAUCUUCAUUAUGUUAGAAGAUGGAGGAAGAAUUGCGUUGUCCUGCGUGUAAGAAGCUUUACAAUAAUCCUGUUUUGCUACCAUGCUAUCACGCUUUAUGUCUUAAUUGCGCCGUUCAUUUACAACAGCCUGCUUCGCAAAAUCCUCCUUCCAAUUGUGCUUUGAAUUCCGGAUUGGAGUGCGCGGGUGGAUGUGAAACGAGUGGUGGGAGUGAGCUCAGUGUUAUAGACUACCAAGAAGUUGACAAACUCUCAAUACUGAGUGAAACUGAUAGUGGUGUUGUUUGCAACAGUCGCCCUAAUAGUUAUGUGGGUACGCCACAUAUUCAAGGAUUGUUAUUUCCCCCCGUAGUGAGCAGUGCUUUAUCUUUGGCAUGUCCAUUAUGUCAAAAAAUCGUGUACUUCGACGAAAGCGGCGCUCUGAACUUGCCGAAGUAUAGAGCGAUGCAAAGAAUUGUUGAUAAAUACAACGAAUCACGAAAUAUCAUCCUGAAAUGCCAAUUAUGCGAGGCGGAACCAGCUGCAGAUGCAGUUGUGCUGUGCGAACAGUGCGAAAUAUUGUAUUGUGAGGAGUGUCGAGAAAAUUGUCAUCCUCCUCGCGGUCCUUUAGCUAAACAUAAUUUAUUGUCACCGCUUGUUGGUCGUGCCACAUUACGAACUAAAGCGCAAGAUAGAGAUACACAAUGCAGUGAACACGAGAAUGAGACCCUAUCGUUGUACUGCAUGGUAUGCAAAGUGUCACUGUGUCCUUUGUGCCUCCAGGACACCCGCCACACGAGUCACGAUGUGCAGGCAGUCAACACAAUGUGCAAAGCCCAGAAGACGGAGCUUUCACAGAAUUUACAGCAACUCUCUGAGAAGGCCCGUUCCACAACAGAAUGUAUUCAGCGGCUGAAAGGCCUCACGGAGAAAGUUAAUGAUAACUGUGCAGAGUUUGAAGAAAUUGUUAGUGCUCAGUGUGAUGCACUUGUUACUGCCCUCCAAGAACGUAAAAAGCAACUCCUUGACAUUGUUCAGCAAAAUAAAGAAAUGAAACUACGUGCCUUGAAAGAUCAAGUGUCCACUUGCACCAGUAAACUACAACACACAACUAGUUUACUGCAAUUUUGUAUUGAGGCAUUGAAAGAAAAUGACUCCGCUGCAUUUUUGCAGGUUGGGUCGAUGUUAAUCAACAGAGUGGCCAAUGUUGAUAUUACAUGGCACAAGGAUGUAGGGGCAGCUUCUCGUAUAUCUCAUGAAUUUGACCUUACUUUAGAUGACAGUGCUGUGUUACAUGCCAUUGAGCAGCUGAACUUCUUCCAGAUGAAACCUCCUGGUGCUCCAGUUGUCAUUCCAGAAGAAUGUGCUGCCGAAAAUAACAGUGUGACUAUUGCAUGGCAACCACCAAUGAAUUCAUGCAUUGAAGGUUAUGUUUUAGAAUUAGACGAUGGAAUGAAUGGUGAUUUUCGGGAAGUCUACUGUGGCAAAGAAACUAUAUGCACAGUUGAUGGGCUGCAUUUCAAUGCUAUGUAUAAUGCUAGAGUAAAAGCAUUCAACAGUUCUGGUGAAGGGGAAUACAGUGACCUAAUCGGGUUACAGACGGCAGAAGUGGCAUGGUUUACAUUUGAUCCAAGUCUGGGACCUUCAGAGCUCCAUUUCUCAGAAGACAAUUGUACUGUGGUGUGUGAAGGUUAUGAGCACCGUGUUGCCCUUGGAAGUGUAGGUUUUUCGCGUGGAAUACAUUACUGGGAAUUCUCUAUAAAUCGCUAUGAUUCUGAUACAGAUCCCAGUUUUGGGAUUGCUCGAAUUGAUGUGGCAAAGGAUCAGAUGUUAGGUAAGGAUGAUAAAGGAUGGAGCAUGUAUAUUGACCGUCAGCGUUCGUGGUUUAUGCAUGGAAGCAUUCAUGAGCAGCGUUGUGAAGGUGGCAUUCAACCUGGAUAUACAGUUGGUGUUCUUCUGGACCUAGAGAGGCACCAAUUGAGCUUCUUUGUGAAUGAGGAGCCCCAGGGUCCUGUGGCGUUUCAAGACCUUUACGGUGUGUUUUAUCCAGCAGUGAGCUUAAAUCGUGGUGUGUCAGUUACUUUACACACUGCCAUUGAUCCACCUUCUGAUAUAGACGAUAGCUGAAUUUUUUAUUGUAAUAUUUAAGUUAUCAUUGAGCACUUCCAUUAUUCCUGCUUAACUCAAGUUUUCCAUCACUUGUGUGUGUGUGUGUGUGUAAUAUAUAUAUAUAUAUAUAUAUAUAUAUAUAUAUAUAUAUAUAUAUAUAUAUAUAUGAGUGAAAGAUAUGUACAGAGUGCAUAUGGGUAUUGUGAUGUUUCAUAUUUAAGUUAUUUUUGUUUUUAUAUAUUAUAAAGUAGAAUAACAAUGUAAAAAUUAAAUUUAAACAUUUAUGCUAAUUUUUACCCCAAAUAACAAAUUUUUGGGAAGUAGGACUGAAUAACAUUUCAAAUAUUUGUCACGAUACUUGUAUUAUGUUUUGUGAUACUGCCUUGAAUUAUAAUUAGAAUAGUGUAAACAUGUCUUUGAAUUGGCAUUUCAAGAAUGUCACAUCAAUUUUUUUCAAAGCUCAAAGUUGGAUUGGAAAACAUUUUUGUAUUAUUUUUUAAUUCACAUAUUGUCUCAUAAUUAUUUAAAAUUAAAUAUAUUCUUGUUUGUUAUUAUUUUUCAUCAUUGAUUCUGACUUCUGGAUCACUUAUUUCUCUUUCCCUUUCUUACAACAUUGCUUACAUUUCAGGUUUUACUCUUUGGAAUUGCUACAAGUUGUUCUCAAACCUGGAAUUAAUUUCAAAUUGAAUUAACAAACUUAGUAAGAACAUUUUUUUAAAUAUAACACCUGGCAGCACACAAUAUUUUCUUCUUCUCUUUUUUAUUCAUGGACAUUUUCUAAUGUUUAUGAUAACAUCAUUUGGAAAUUGGGUGACUUAGUACCAUUUUCUGGACUGUUAAUAGAAAUAAUUGUGCGCUCACAGCAAUCUGUAUAUU